AAAACAGUGGGUGGUAAAAUUGCGCCUGAGUGUUUUUCUGCGCUUAAACUUGCUCACUGUGCGCAGAGGCGUUUGAUUCGCUGCUCGAGCCACUGAGAGGCUGCGCGUGCGACUGAAUGUAACUGUAAUUGCUGACUGAACACACUUGCACGCGCGACUACUGCUCAACUUCUAACUCCACAGCCUGCUGCUGCUGCUGAGUGGAUUUCUCAUGACAAGCGGUUGCUGGAGCGUCUCAGGCCUUCUAACAACCAUUUCCCCGUUUGCGAAACAUUAAAUUAGCGACAUACUUUGCGUUUUGUGAAGGGCUGAAUAACCGCGCUGUAGCCGCACGCUUUUACCAACCAGCUUCCACUCGGAGUUUCGACACACCGCUGCUGCUGCUGCGCUGCUUUGUUGUUGUCGUUUUUUUUUUUUAAUUCGAGCUAAAUAUUGAGCAGUUUAACACCGAGCUGCUAGUUUUCUCGGAGCCAUGGGCUGUACGGUGAGCGCCGAGGACAAGGCGGCCGCCGAGAGGUCGAAAAUGAUCGACAAAAACCUGCGGGAAGAUGGCGAGAAAGCAGCCAGGGAGGUGAAGCUGCUGCUGCUAGGUGCUGGAGAGUCUGGAAAAAGCACCAUUGUGAAGCAGAUGAAAAUCAUUCAUGAAGAUGGGUACUCGGAAGAUGAAUGUAAGCAGUACAGAGCUGUGGUCUACAGCAACGCCAUCCAGUCUAUCAUGGCCAUCAUUAAAGCCAUGGCAAAUCUGAAGAUUGACUAUGGAGAUUCAUCAAGAGCGGAUGAUGCACGGCAGCUGUUUGCACUGUCUGCUGCAGCAGAGGAGCAGGGAAUUCUCCCAGAUGAUUUAGCCAACGUGAUCCGCAGACUGUGGGCUGACAGCGGGGUGCAGGGCUGUUUCAGUCGUUCCAGAGAGUAUCAGCUCAACGACUCUGCUGCCUACUAUCUGAAUGAUCUUGAAAGGAUAGCGCGAGCAGACUACAUUCCCACCCAGCAGGACGUGUUGAGGACCAGAGUGAAAACCACUGGCAUCGUGGAGACGCACUUCACUUUUAAGGACCUGCACUUCAAGAUGUUUGAUGUCGGAGGACAGAGGUCAGAAAGGAAGAAGUGGAUCCAUUGCUUUGAGGGAGUAACAGCCAUCAUCUUCUGCGUCGCCCUGAGUGCCUAUGACCUAAUGCUGGCUGAGGAUGAGGAGAUGAACCGGAUGCAUGAGAGUAUGAAGCUGUUCGAUUCAAUCUGCAAUAAUAAAUGGUUCACAGAGACCUCAAUCAUCCUCUUCCUUAAUAAGAAGGACCUGUUUGAGGAGAAGAUCACACGCAGCCCUCUCACCAUCUGCUUCCCUGAGUAUUCAGGAGCCAACAAAUAUGAUGAAGCAGCAAGUUACAUUCAGACCAAGUUCGAGGAUCUAAACAAGAAGAAGGACACAAAAGAAAUCUACACUCAUUUCACCUGCGCCACCGACACCAAGAACGUGCAGUUCGUCUUUGAUGCAGUCACCGAUGUCAUCAUCAAAAACAACCUAAAGGACUGCGGCCUUUUUUAAUUACGCCAUCAGGAAACGUACCAAGGAAGAGCUCAGUUGUAUGGUGCACCUGCAUAAGCACUUGGGGGCACGAUGCCAGACUGCUUAAAGCCAUUUAAUCGCUGAAUUUUUGUGUAGUACUUUUGGGGGAGGACCAAAAACCACAACAAAUAAUGAAGAAAAAGUCAGUGAAUUCCAAAAUAGCUUUUCCUCUGCUUAAUUUUUAUUAUUUUUGUACAUAUUUUUAAGGAUUUGUCUUCUUGAAAUUGAUAGUCAAAAUGAAUAUGUUUCUGAUAAAUAUGUCUUGCCCCUUGACUUGAUUUUAAAUUAUGUCCAGGCGAAAGAUGAGUGGAUGGGAGGGAAUGUUUGAUAUAUAAACUGGUUUCCUUUUCCGUGACAGGCAUAAAUGUUAUCGAACUUAACUGUGUAAUGCUUCUUUUCUAAAUGCUGUGUGAUCACAGACCAAGAUCUAUAUGGAUUUAGCUUUUUUUACUACUUGCUCACAGAUUCCACAUUCCUCUUCAUCUGUAAUGUGCUGUGUGAUAAAUUACUUUUAAAAUCAUUUUAAAAAGGAACAAAUCGCUCGCUGUGGUUCAGUCACAGUGCUCCAAGUAAAUCAACCAUUGAAUUUAACAUUCUGGACUUCUAGCUUCACUUCAAUAAACACUGUAAAACUGUGACUAAUAAUGUACAAUUAAAACUAUCAGUCUUGACUGGUCAUUUUCUUUUGUAACCCAGCUCCGUCUCAUGUUCUGUUUUGUGCCUUGCCUUCUGUUUUUCAUUGUCUGUAGAAUUUAGAGCAGAUUCAGUUCACUAUAUCAAAUGAAGAAUUUAAAUAUCAGGAUUGUGCUUUUAACAGAGAAUAAAAACAUGACAGCAUCUGAUGAAUAUGAAAUGUCAUGAAUGAUUUUAAUGAAAAUAAAAAUGCAUUCACAACCGUGAA